UGUUGCAGUGACAGGCUUCUCGGGGGCGGAACUCGAUCGCCCAGAUCCACCGAGUUUGUUGCAAAACUUCCGAUGUGCAGCCUGGGAUCGGUCCGCGAAGACGGUUGAAAAAAAGACAUCUGUGCGCGAGCGUGCGUUGGAUACUGUGCGAUCAUGGCAGAUGAAGACGCGGUGGUGGAGGAGGGUAUCAGCCCAGCUCAGAGCCCGCUGGUCGCAGUCACUUUCCAGAGAAACAUCCACAGAAAAGAGAAGUAUCUGGAGGCUGAGCCUAAAGCUCUGGGGAUCACUCAGAUUGGUCUCAGUGCCUUCCAGAUCAUCGGCGUGAGUGUGCUUCUGGCCAAUGGCCCGAGUCAUACAGAAACUGACAUACCCUUCUUCAUUUCAUCUCUGCUGGUCAUAAUAGCUGGGAGUGUGGCCGUAGCAGCACAGAACCUCCAUCUGCCGACGCUGAGAGCCUGUUUGGGGAUGCAGAUUGUGGCGUGCGCGGCCUCCCUCUACAACAUGAUCUGCACUCUGAUUAAAAUGGAUCCUAUGAUGCCUUACUGCUGGCAUUAUUACUAUGACAACAGCUCUAUGGGAUAUGGUGAAGUCUGCCGUCAGAUCGAGAACACCCACUCCCACUUUUAUGCUGAGGGUGUGCUCAUCGAGGCUGUUCUGCUGGCCAUCUCAGUCACUCUGGCCGCCUACUGCUGCAAGGUGAUCAACUGCUGCGCGCCAGCUCCCAAAAUGCCGGUGAUCACUGUACAAGCUCCCCCUGUCCAACAGUGAGGAGACAGAGCGGGGUAAGAGACGAAGAGUGAAACACUGUCACAAACAAAUGCUACAAUGUUAUAGCUGCACCAAUCAAUAACUCAAUAACUGUGUUAACAAUGAAUGAAAUGAAUGUGUGUAAUGUGAACCCACAGAGAACUGUCCCCACCUCUGAAGUUACCCUCUGCUCUGUGGAGCCUUUUAACCUUUUUUAAAAACUCUUUACUAACACAAACACUUUUCUAAAGUGAUAAUAUAUCAGCGUUGUUUACAGCUUGUUCUGCUGCCCCCAGGUGGUUAAAAAAAAAACUUUUAAGAGACAACUUCAGUAUUUUUGUGUAUUAUCUUGCAUCUUGUUCAUUAGGUAGGUUUUUGAAUGUACUCAUUCUCUAAUGUGAAGUUUACACAAGAGACAAUUACAUGGUAAUGUUAAAUGUGAAAAUAUAGGUCAGUAACAUCAGUUAUUCAGUCAUAAGGUUGCUAAUGUUAGCUACCAUAAGCUAUUGCACACAGCAGACCUACUAAUGCUUGUGGAUUCAGCUUUCCAAUGUGUUAUUUCUUCCUUUAAAACUACACAGCCUCACUUAAAUGUUACAGAGGGUAAAUAAUACAACUUUAUAGAGAUGACUAAUAAAUUUCAUUUUAAUGCUUAUGACAGAUAAAAUAAAUAACGCACAUGAAUGGGUUUUUUUUUUUAAUUCUUUUGUUCAGAUUGUCAUGUUAUAAUGAUUACUACCUACAUACUGCUUUACUGUUGUGUCCUUUAUCACUGCAACUAACAACUAUGGAUAAUAAAAAGUUAACAGAUAUAUAAAGAGUU